CCUCGGGCUCCACACAGAAGCCAGGGGCUUCAGCCAAGAGCACAAGAUGAAGCCGGGUCUCCCCUGCCUGCUCACCCUACUGUGCCUCCUAGGCCCAGCCAUGGGGAAAACCUUGCUCCCCACCAACUCUGACUUCUACGCCAUAACCACCGCUGAGUCCAGCUGGUCCGCCCCCACCUCUGGCUCCAGCCUGUUCAUCCCCACUUCUGGCUCCAGUCCAUCCAUCCCUACCUCUGGCUCCGACUGGUCCAGCUCCAGCUCCCAGUCCCAGUCCUUUUCUAAUUUCACCGGCUCCACGGAUGAGCGCGGGAUCUGCCAGUGCUCCGUCGUCCUGCCGGACACCACCUUUCCCGUGGAGAGAGUGGAACGCUUGGAAGUCACGGCUCAAGCUAUCUCCAAGAAGUUCAACAAAGAGCUUUCUAAAGUGAAGGAAUAUGUCCAGUUAAUCAGCGUGUAUGAGAAGAAACUCUUCAACCUAACUGUCCGAAUAGAGAUUAUGGAAAAAGAUUCCAUUUCUUACACGGAACUGGACUUUGAACUGAUCAAGAUAGAAGUGAGGGAGAUGGAGAAACUGAUUAAACGGCUGAAGAUCGGUUUUGUUGGAAGCACAGUGAUUGUUGACCAACUGGAAGUGGAGAUAAGGAAUAUGACUCUCCUGGUAGAGAAACUCGAGACGCUAGACAAAAACAAUGUUCUUGCCAUUCGCCGAGAAAUCCUGGCUCUGAAGAACCGGCUCAAGGAAUGUGAGGCCUCUAAAGAGGAAAUUGGUCCCACUCCUCCGGCUCCAGGGAGCUGUGCUCACGGUGGUGUGGUGAACAUCAGCAGACCAGAUAUAGUUAAGCUCAACUGGAGAGGGUUUUCCUAUAAGUACGGUGCCUGGGGGCGGGAUUACUCGCCCCAGCAUCCAGGUGAAGGGCUGUACUGGGUGGCACCUUUGGAUACAGAUGGGAGAAUUUUGCAAUAUUACAGACUUUACAAUACAAUGGAUGAUUUGCUAUUGUACACAAAUGCCCAGCAGAAUCGGAUUACCUAUGGCCAAGGCAGUGGUAUAGCAGUUUACAAGAACAGCAUGUAUGUGAACUGGUACAACACGGGGAACAUUGCCAGAGUUAACCUGACCACCAACACAGUUGCUCGGACUCAAACUCUCCCGAAUGCUGCCUACAAUAACCGCUUUUCUUACGCUAAUAUCGGUUGGCAAGAUAUUGACUUGGCUGCGGAUGAGAAUGGAUUGUGGGUGAUUUACGCCACUGAAGCCAGCACUGGUAACAUGGUGAUUAGUAAACUCAACGACACCACACUUGAGGUGCUAAACACUUGGCAGACCAGGCAGUAUAAACCAUCUGUGACUAAUGCGUUCAUGGUGUGUGGGGUUCUGUAUGCCACCCGAACUCUGAACACCAGAACAGAAGAGAUUUUCUACUACUAUGACACAAACACAGGGAAGGAGGGCAGACUAAGCAUUGUCAUGCAGAAGAUGAUGGAAAACUUGCAGAGUAUUAACUAUCACCCUUUCGAGCAGAAACUUUUUGUCUAUAACGAUGGUUAUCUUCUGACUUACGAUCUUGUCUUCCAGCAGAAACCCCAGUAAACUUUUAUGUGUUUGGGUGAGAGAGAGAAAAAUUUCAUGGAAAAAAAUGGUCUUCUCCACUUAUUUAGCUGUCUGCGGGGCCAGGGGAACCCAGAGCAUAUCCGCUCAGCAGUAAUGUUUGGGAGCUCUGUUCUACCAUACUGGAGACUUAGGACUUCUGAGUUCUCUUGGAAGCUGUCUGCCUCUUGGGAUGCACUUCUCUACUGAGAUAAUGUCCUUCCAGGGUGGGUGGGAUUUUCAGAGGUCUCGGGACAUUAUGGUUCUGAGGAAGCCUUCAGUGAGGUGACAUCUGGAAAUUAAGGAACUUCAAGAGAGCUCUGUAUGGCUUUUGGGGAUUCUUUGCACAGGAGAGAGGGCCCAAGGACCAGUUCUCUUCCAUAUAGCCUGGCUAAUCCUUCCAUGCCCGAAAGAACCUCGAGCUUAAUUAGGCAGAUUGUUAUCCAGAGCUCCUUGAGGGUCCAAAUCUCCAACUUACUAGCUCCUUAAACCAUGUUUGUAUAUAACAGACAAGUAAAUUUAGCAUGCUUAUAUCAUAUCUGUAAAAUGCUCUGAGUUUUCUGGAGAAAGACUCUUUCUGGCAUUAAGUUACAUACUGCAAAUCAAGUGAAGAUGAGGCACUUGAUUUUUCUUUUCUCCGUUGUCAACCUUCGUAAGAGUCAGUAGAACCCUCCACUGCAGAACUGCAUUCCAAAGGCAGCUCAGAAGAUCAGAAUCAGACUUAUCAAUCAAUUCUCUCACCCCUUCCCAACCUCCUACUUCAAAAAAAAAUUAACUAGUUUUUAAUGAAACAGAUAUAUGAUUAACAAAACUAACUUUCUUUUUUCUCAUCAAUGCACUUUUACUUACAUGACUCUAAGAACA